UUAUAACUUGUAUUUGGCAUAGAAAAUAUAUAAAAUUAUAAAAAAAAAAAUCAAACGACUAAAAAGUUAUUAUUGACUUUGAUUGUCUUGCUUAAAAUAUAAAUCCAUUAAUAUAAUAAUAGAAAGAAAAAAAAAACAAAUGUAUUUGUAUACGGUUAUAAAAGGAAAUGACGACACGAAUUACCGCGAGAACGAGUGUAUUCUUUUGCCUAGCAACCAGAAAUGUAUUAAGUAUAAACAUAACGAGCCGUCGAUGUGUCAAAUGUGCCCGUCGAAAAACAAUAAGCAAUUUAAUGUUUAUCCAUCUUCUAAUCCACACUAUUAAUAUAAAUGUACUUAAAAAGUAUUAAUAUAAUAAAAUUUUUAGUGUUUGUGUGCUUAUAAGAAAUAGCAAACAGCUGUCGAGCCGGGUCAAUACCCGGUACUUAUCAGUUAUUUGAAUUCGGUAAACCUCCGGCAGCGAUAUAUUUUUACAUUACAAUCAGAAUUUAUAAUUUAUCAAUAUCAAGAUGUCAGGAAAAAAUAAUGGUGAAAAAUUAUCAGAAAUAGACAGCCAUGUCACCAAGCAUUAUAACAUCAUCAAACGACUUGGCAAAGGGGCAUAUGGAAUCGUGUGGAAAGCUAUUGAUAAAAAAUCAAAAGAAACUGUAGCAGUUAAAAAAAUAUUUGAUGCUUUUCGAAAUCAAACUGAUGCUCAGCGAACAUUUCGUGAAAUAAUGUUUCUUCUGUCUUUCUCAAAUCAUGAAAACAUAAUUCAAUUAAUUGGACUUCAUAAAGCAAACAAUGAUCGUGACAUUUAUCUUGUUUUUGAAUUUAUGGGUAUACAUUUAUACUAUAAUUAUUUAAAAAAUUUUUAUAUAUUUAUUGUCAUUGGUAUUUUAUUUAUUUUAGAGACUGAUUUACAUAAUGUUAUAAAAAGAGGAAAUAUUUUGAAAGAUAUUCAUAAAGUUUUUAUUAUGUAUCAGUUGUUUAAAGCAACAAAAUAUAUUCAUUCAGGGAAUGUUAUCCACCGGGAUUUAAAACCCUCAAAUAUACUCCUUAAUGCUCAAUGCCAUUGUAAAAUAGCAGACUUUGGGCUGGCUAGAUCAGUCACGCAAAUCGGCGAAGGAGAUGGAGAAACUGGUAGCGACCCUACUUUGACUGAUUACGUUGCAACAAGAUGGUAUCGGGCUCCAGAAAUAUUGAUAGCUUCUAAAAAAUAUACCAAGGGAAUAGACAUGUGGUCGUUGGGUUGUAUUUUAGGCGAAAUGUUACUUGAAAAGCCACUUUUUCCAGGAUCUUCGACGAUCAAUCAGGUCGAAAGAAUAAUGGCAACCUUGCCACCCCCUACACCACAAGAUAUUAUUUCUGUAAGCGCUGGAUACGGAUCAAAUUUGUUGGAAAAAAUUCCUAAUAUAUCACGGCGCACUUUACAACAGAUUUUUAUUGGUGUACCUGCAAAAGCAUUAGAUUUAAUUGAAAGACUCAUUGUAUUUAAUCCUAAUCACAGAUUGACUGCCGUUGAAGCACUGGAACAUCCUUACGUUGCUGAUUUUCAUCAUCGAGCUCAUGAACCUGAGCGUGGUACUAACGUCAUACCUCCAUUGCGUGACGACGUUCAGCUGAGAGUUGAAGAUUAUCGCAAUAAACUCUACGCUAUGAUGGAUGAAAAACAUCGUAAACACAAAAAUAUGAUAAAACACAAAUUUUGUAGUAGGUCUAAGCCUAGAAUUCGACGGAUUUCGGAACAUAUAAGAAAGGACACAGGACAAGGUGACGCUGUUGCGAAAAAAAAUUUUGAAUUUUGUAGUAAUGAUCUACGAAAAGAGCGCGAGUUCAAUGAGUCAUUUAAACAAUCACAUAAUCCCGGAAGUAAAAGUAACAUAUCCCAAUACGCUCACAAUUUGAUAAAUGGAAAUUUUCCAAGCAUAGCACCCAGUCACACUAAAAGUUGUCAAUUUGUCAGUCACCACCAACAUAAUCAUAAUCAUAAUCACCAUCAUCAACAACAGCAGCAGCAACAAUCAUCUCUAACAAAAUCUCAACGUUCUGUACAAUCGGAUCAAAUGACUGGAUAUGGCGUUACUAAUAAAUCGAAUAACACAUCAUCGAUAAAUCAGCCAACGAAAUUACGACGUGGUAUUAAAUCACAAGGGAUUAAUAAUAACAUAAAUAAAUACUCAACAAUAAUAAAUGGCAGUAAUGCUCCAUCGAGAUAUUCAUUAGCAAAACGUGCUAAUAAUCAGGAUAGUCCAACGAGUAGCAUUAAUUCUGUUAAUAACUAUAUCACUAAAAUUCCAAACAAUAUUACUAAACAUUUUGCCAUGGGUACUGGUAGCAAUGGCCCAAUCGAUAAUAAUAACUCAUUGGAAAGUCAAGUGAUACUUAAUUAUUUAAAUCAAACGAUACCUUUAAGAACAACGGCAAUAAGUGCAAUAAACGGUAACAAUCGGACUUCAGCAGUUAAUAAUAACAACGUAAUUAAUCGGCAUCGAAAUGAUAAUAAUAUCAAUGAAACAAUCGGUGGAUAUAAAAUUACGCGUAGUCAAACUCUAAAAAAUAAUCUUAAACACAUUGCCGUACAAAAACAAUCAAACGUAAGAAAUUUACGAUCUAUGAACAAUUAUAAUCAAAAUCACGGUGUAAUUACAGCUUCUGCGUACAGCGAUUUGAAAAAUGGAUCUGUAAAGUGGUAAAACUAAUUCACACCAAUGUUUUCUGAUGCUCAUUUUAAUACUCGCUCGACAACAGAGAUAGUAACAAUAAUUGUUUGAUAAAUUUUUUGUAAAUAGACAUUUUUUAAUUCAAUGCUCACUGUGUGCGGUGUUACUACUUUUCAUCUACAUAACUCAGACAUAAUAGUAAUAAUAAUAAUAAUAACAAUCUAGUCACAGAUAAAUUAUACAAAUCCUGCCAAACUUUCGGAUUCUCUCUGACUGAAAUUUAAUUAUUUGACAAUUAUAAUAAUUACCAUAAUUUAGAGCACGACGAAUGACGUUAAAGUCUUCAUUUAUAAUUUACAUGAUUAUUGUUGUUAUUAUUAUUAUUAUUAUAAUUAAUUUAUAAUAUAUUUAUAUAUAUCAUCAUCGCGUAUAUUGCGAUUUAUUUGACUACACUGUGCCAUAGAAUCGAAUACAAUCUGUGCAAUUAGAUCACUUGAUAUUUAAGUGUGAGAAAUUUUUUAUAUGUCCAAUUUUAAAUCUACACACAUAUAUAAAUAUAUAUAUAUAUCUUUAUUUAUUACACUUAUGUAUAUGUACAAGAUU